UAAACGUCCAGCCAGUGGAGGUCCGAUACCCACAAUUCCGUGCUUUGUUUACAAACCUGAAAAUCGGUCACUUUAAAGACAUAAAUGAUCACGUGACUGAGAUGUAAACGUGUGGUGAUGGUUUCAGGCUGUAGAUCUGGGGGUCUUUGUGUGUGAGAGGUUUAACUACAUACAUGUGGGUUUAAAAUGCUGAUUAAAACACAAAGCUCCAGGAAACUGAAUGAGAGCAGGGUUUGGUUCGGGGAUGAGUUUAUAGAGUUAGUGUGUGUGGAGUGUAAGGAGUGUGUUAUGUGUGGAGUGUGAUGAGUGUGAUGUGUGAGUGAUGAGUGUGAGGAGUGUGUGUGAUGUGUGUGUGAUGUGUGUGUAAGGAGUGUGUGUGUGAUGUGAUGUUACCGGGGUAAAGGGGGAAGAGGAGGAGGAGGAGGAGGAGCAGGAGAUCUGCAGUGAAACAGAAGAUAAGCUCGGCUUAAUUCCAGCUCUGCUGUUACUGAAGUAAAACUAGUAACCAGACGCUGUAUUUGUGCGACAUAUGGGAGAAUGAUCAGGAGAAGAAACCUUCAUAUCGCCAGGAGCGGGACACACAAGUCGUUUUUGUCCUUUUAACCAGCGGAUUAUUAACAGCUCGAGUCAUAAACCCGAAAUAGUCCGUGUGUGUAAUGGGGAAGGAGGUGAACGGGGUGUCGAGGAGUCGCUUUGAGAUGUUCUCAAACAAUGACGAGGCCAUCAUCAACAAGAAACUGCCAAAGGAACUGUUACUACGAAUUUUUUCCUUUCUGGAUGUGGUCACCCUCUGUCGCUGCGCACAAGUGUCUCGGUCGUGGAAUGUUCUGGCUCUAGAUGGCAGUAACUGGCAGCGCAUCGACCUCUUCGACUUCCAGAGGGACAUUGAGGGUCGUGUGGUAGAGAAUAUUUCAAAGCGAUGUGGAGGUUUCCUGAGGAAGCUCAGUCUCCGAGGCUGUUUAGGUGUGGGAGAUGGUGCACUCAGGGCGUUUGCACAGAACUGCAGAAACAUUGAGCUGCUCAGUCUGAAUGGCUGCACAAAGAUCACAGACAGUACCUGUAACAGUCUGAGUAAAUUCUGUCCCAAACUGAAGCACUUGGAUCUCGCCUCCUGCACCUCCAUCACCAACCUGUCUCUCAAAGCACUCAGUGAGGGCUGUCCGAUGUUGGAGCAGCUGAACAUCUCAUGGUGCGAUCAGGUGACCAAAGACGGCAUCCAGGCGCUCGUCCGCUGCUGUCCGGGGCUGAAGGGCCUCUUCCUCAAAGGCUGCACACAGCUGGAAGACGAGGCUCUGAAGCACAUCGGUGCUCACUGUCCAGAACUGGUCACUCUCAACCUACAGACAUGUUCGCAGAUCACAGAUGAAGGCUUGAUAACGAUUUGUCGAGGUUGUCAUCGGCUGCAGUCUCUGUGUGUCUCCGGCUGCGCAAACAUCACAGACGCCAUUCUAAACGCUCUGGGACAGAACUGCCCUCGUCUCAGAAUAUUAGAAGUGGCUCGUUGUUCGCAGCUUACAGACGUCGGUUUUACCACACUCGCACGGAAUUGUCAUGAAUUGGAGAAGAUGGAUCUGGAGGAGUGUGUGCAGAUCACAGACUCCACUCUCACACAGCUGUCCAUACACUGCCCUCGGCUCCAGGUUCUCAGUCUGUCUCAUUGUGAGCUGAUUACAGACGAUGGGAUCCGUCACCUGGGCAGUGGGCCGUGUGCUCACGACAGACUGGAAGUGAUUGAGCUGGAUAACUGCCCGCUCAUCACAGACGCCUCGCUGGAGCACCUCAAAACCUGUCACUGCCUCGACCGCAUUGAGCUGUAUGACUGCCAACAGAUCACACGCGCCGGGAUAAAGAGGCUCAGGACCCACUUGCCCAACAUUAAAGUCCACGCCUACUUUGCACCGGUGACUCCGCCACCUUCAGUAGGAGGAAGUCGACAGAGGUUUUGCCGGUGCUGUAUCCUGCUAUGAUGUCACAGCCUCUGCCUCCUCGACCUUUCAACCUGAUUGUCCAGUAGCACACGCUGGUGUUUCACUUGGUAAAGCAAAUGAGAAAGAGAGACAAAAAAGGUAGAGAGAGAAAGAGACAGAGUGUGUGUGUGUGUCCUUACAAAGUGUUCAAUAUUUUAGGUUUCUUUCGUUGCCUCCUAAAAUCCACUGCACAUCAAAAGUAUUUCUAUUUUUUACAGCAAGUGUUUAAUGUUUCUGAUGUUGCUGAUGUUAAGUCUGAGUGCUUCACAGUGCCACCUUUAGUCAGCUAGACAUGAAAGGCAAGUCAGUAAACGAGCAGAUGAUGAGUGAUUCGGGGACUGAAUCAGUCAUGGGUCAGUUAGUGAGUCCAUCAGUUGAGUCCAGGAGUCGGUUAUGGAGUGCGAAUAAUGAAUUGUGAGUCAUUUGUCAAGUGAUUUGAAUAGUUGAGUAAUGAAUCAAGGAGUCAAGUCCAGGAGUCGGUUAUGGAGCGAUCUCUGACCCGGUUAUAUCCGGAAGUCGAGUUCAGGAGUCAGUGAGUGAGGCAACGUUUAGUCAGGGAGUCUGUAGGACAUGAAUCAUGAGUGAGAUCCACUAGUCAUGCGUCAGUCAGUGAGUUUGCUAGUUACAUUAGUUACAUGAAUUAGUCCAGUGAAUCACGUGAAUCUUAUGAGUCAGUUAGGCAAGUCAUAAGAAAGUCUCGUAUGUGACGAUUCUGUCGAGAGUCAGGUGAGUCAGUGAAUCACAUUUAAAAAUGAGUAUUAUAAAGUGAACCCUCGCUCCCAAAUUGAUGCUUAUUAAUUCUUAUUUUUAACUGGGACAAAAGCUCAUCUCGAACAAUCUUUAAAUGCCAUAAAGAAUGGACACAAACACACCCACACAAUCUCUCUCUCUCUCUCUCUCUCUCUCUCUCUCUCUCUCUCUAAGGUUGGUCAUAUAGAGGAGGCUAAAUAUUUUUCUAAAGCAGUAAAAUAUGCCAAAAGCUGCAUGUUACAAAUCUAGUUUUUAUAUAAAAAAAAGAAAACAAUCCAUAUGAUGGGCGGGGCCUAAACAUAGACAGCCAGUGGGGAAGCAGAAACAGAUGACUCCGCAGUGUCACAACCAGCCAGCCAAUCAGACCUGAUCGACUUGCAAAAGGUACAUGGAACUUUGAGUGGGCGGGGCCUGCAUGCACAGCCAAUUAGAGAUAAGGAAGGAGCGAACGGUGUCAGAGCUGGCCAAUCAGAUCGCAGGAGGACAGAGACGACCAGUGACGUCAUACUUACAGGAUUUAAAGAAUGAUGGAAAGUUCACACCAUUCUUGUGUGUAUGUCUGUGUGUGUGUGUCUGUCUGAGUGUGUAUGUGUGUGUGUGUGUCUCUGUGUGUGUCUUUCACCUCCACGUCACCAACCCAGUUUCCAGCACACACACACACUCUUAAAAACCAGAAUGGGAAAAUGAACUGAACCAAUCUGAGUGUAUUAAUUAGUUUUGUCUGUGUGUGUGCGUGCAUGAGUGUGCAUGCAUGUGUGUGCACGUGUGUGAUCAUGCGUGCGUGGGUGUGUUGGGGAUGGUGUGACUGUAGUGAAUGUGUGUUUAGCUUUGGUUUACACACUUCAUUCAUAAUGCAGAAACUGGAGCCACACACACUGGUUCAUCACUACAGGAGCCGUCUGGUUCAUGAAACAUCACACACACACUCUCUCUCUCACACAAACACACACACGCACGCACGCACGCACGCACGCACACACACACACUAUGAUUAUACGCCUGUCUGUUUGUCUGUUUGCUUUUCUGUCUUUUUGUCUUUCACUUGUGUGUGUGUGUGUGUGUGUGUGUGUGUGUGUUGGGGAUGGUGUGACUGUAGUUCUUGCAAUUACACUUGUUGUAAAUCACUUCCCUUUUACUUUGUUUUUGUUUUCCUUUUUACGAUUAACUCCUAUAAAUAACUAAAUGAAUAAAUGAAUAUGUAUGUAUGAAUAAAUAUAUAACUAUAUUAUUAUUA